CUGAUUAUUCUGGUGGAGAAGAAACGUUUCAUUUCUGUCUAGCGUCAUUGCAAUCGAGUAUUUUUGGGGGAUUUGGAAUGCAGAGGCUGAAACUGAGCAACUUCUCAUGCUGGCACUUGUUCAUUUCACAUGCAGAUGCGCUGGAUUUGACUCAUCAUUUGACCAUGGGAGCUGCUGGACACCGAUAAUGGUCAGAAUAAAAGCGAUGCAUUGGAAGUAAUCGCGAUAUUUGUCAGUAGUGUCUCAGCCGAGCACUGAUAAAAAAUAAUGCUACUGGAUCAGCUGCGAAACUAUCCGAGGCACACUGUUAAACUUCAAUACAGGAAUAUACAGAACAAAUACACUCACACAUCUCACUAACUUGAGCAGUUCAUUCUGUCUCAAUACCGGACGUAAAUCUCAAUAUGCCAGCGUUGUGAGUUUGCCUCAGAAGACUAGAGGAUCCUACAGGAUAAGCAUCCACAUGCUACUGAGAGGAACAGAGACACGGGAGGAUGUCAACAGAGGCAGAACUUCAAGCAGAUGUCAAACUCAGUGUCAAGAAGGAGUCCAGAAGACGAGGUCGGGAUCGCAGCGAGCAGGACCUGAUUCAGCGCUUCAGGGGCGAUGGCGUCAGUUACAAGGCCAAGCUGAUUGGGAUUGAUGAAGUGACGGCCACACGCGGAGACAGGCUGUGCCAGGACUCUAUGAUGAAGCUGAAGGGGAUUGCUGCUUCAGCGCGGUCAAAAGGGAACCACAAACAGAGGAUUUUCUUGACUGUGUCUUUUGGUGGAAUCAAGAUUUAUGAUGAGAGAUCAGGGGUCUUACAGCACCACCACGCUGUGCAUGAAAUCUCCUACAUUGCCAAAGACACAAGGGACCAUCGCGCCUUCGGCUACGUCUGCGGGAAGAAAGGCAACCACAAAUUUGUUGCAAUCAAGACCAGCCAUUCGGCAGAGCCAGUCAUACUGGACCUGCGUGACCUUUUCACCCUCGUCUAUGACAUCAAACAGAGGGAGGAGUCACCGAAAAAGGCUCAGAAGGACAAGCACUGCGAACAAGCCGUCUAUCAGACGAUUCUGGAGGAUGAGAUUGAUGAUCCAGUGUAUCAGUACAUUGUGUUUGAAGCCGGACACGAGCCCCUCCGUGGCCACCAAUCAGAGGAGAGCGUUUACCAGGUCCCCACAAGUCAGCAGAAAGAUGGGAUCUAUGACGUUCCAAAUCACCAUCUUAUGACCAAUAUAAACCAGUUUGAUCUUUUCGGUGACAUGGCAACCCCCCCAGACAUCCUUUCUAUGCCAGCGUCGCCUGCUACCACACUGGAUCCUGGAAGGAGGCAACGUCAGCACCGUCCCGAACUCUUCACUCAUUUUAGCCCACCGGCUGUGCCCUCAGGCUAUAUGACCAUGGGUGCUAUCCAGGCUGCUCACUGGACCCAACAGUCAUUUGCUACCCAAGCCGCUCCAGUGGUCUUCGGGGUUCAGGGACCAUUGCAGGUGGCCCAGAUGCUCCCCGGAGGCCAGCCUGUGAUUUGGGGUCAGGCUAAUCUUUUCCACUCUCCAGCCACGGGCCAGCAGCAAUGGGCGUUUGUACCAGCCCAGACAGUUGGCAUGGGGGCGCAUCCGAUUCCAGCCGCAGUGCUUCAAGGUCUGGUUCCCAUAGCUGCCAUGCGCCCGCACUCCUGUGAACCUCCCGAGACUUCGUCAAACAUAAUGAGCCCUCAGCACUGUGUAGAACCUACCCUACAGGAAAGUGGAUCUAAGGACGCCCUAAACAAGGACCCCCAGGAGGAAACAAUAGCUGUUCAGAUUUGCACAAGCAAACAUGACGCUGCACAGUCCUCUGGGAAACAGGAAAUGGACUGUUGUGGUGAGCUUGAUCUUUCACAUUUGAGAUUGACUUCAGAGUCGUCAAUAUCACCAUCCCCAACUGAUUCUUGUGCUACUCCUGGUCCGGAGCAGGAAACCAUGUCCCCAGCCACUGCCCCCUCAUUAGAGCCAUCGCUCCUGACUGCAAAAAACAGCUUAGUCAAUGUGCCAGAAGCUUCGGAGGCAUGUGCUCAGACUCUCAACACUGAUGAGAUACCACCAGAUGCUCAGAUAAACCUUCCAGACUUUUCACAGCUGGAUGUCCAAAGAGAGAUGUCUUCUGGGAAGAAUGAGCCUCAACAUACAGAAGAGCACUGAGAGAAUCCAGAAAUCACAGUGAUACAGAUGGGACCUUAAGCUGUGUGAGCUCUGUGGGACAUUUCACAAACUCUAAUAACUGAUAGAAAAUAAAAUCUAUUUUAAUAAAUGAAGUGUACCUUUAGUUUGCGAUGUCUACCUGUAGCCACUAUCUAAACUACUUCCGAAAUGAAAUAUUUUUUGUAAAAUAAUAAUAAACUGUCACAGUAUGAGAAAUUGGACCAGUGAAAUCAAAGUUUAACUGUGAUGGGCAUUUGAUGGACUUGGGGAUUGAUUUCUGUUGUCAUUUCUAAUGGACAAGAUCAACUGUGAAGCUGUGUAGUUCAUUCUACAUUUGGAGAAGCC